AUGAGUCUUUGUAACAAAAAUUACUUAUAAGAUACCUUUCCAUAAUAUGUUCAUGAUUAACUAAAUAAAGUUGCUGAAGAAGAUAGAAAUAUGGAUAAGUAGAUUUAAUAUCUUAAUAAAGAUCAUAGAGAAUUUUCAAAAUAAUUGACAUUUUGAGCGAACUUAAAAUAUUAUCCUUUGGUUUAGCUUCUAAAUUAAAAACCUAAGAAGGAUUUAUGUUAUUUCCAGAAAUAAUUUCUGAAAAGUACAUAAUUGAAUUUAAAUAAAUAAAAUCGUGCAAUUUGAGAAAAAAUGAACCCUCUUAUUUUUAAGCUUGGGCAUUUGUUAAUUUAGACCCAGUACAUAGUCUAUAUUUAAUUAGAUCGAUAUGUACAAGUUAUAAACAUUUUUGCGCAUUUUAUGUAUUUUAGCAUAUUUUGAGUGCAAAAAAUAUUUUGAAACACUUCAAAUCGAUUAUAAGUAAAAAUAUGAAACAGAUCUAUUUAAAGUGUUUUUAUUACUAUAAACCUAAAAAAAAGAUUUUGAAAUUGAAGGAGAUAGUUUUUUUCUUUAAUUGAUAGAGAAAUGUGAAUGUACAAACAAUUAAUUCAUUUCAUAUAUGUUUAAAUUUUGUAAAGAGAAAAAUAUGUUAAAAUGUAUGGGAUAUUUAGAUUCUAUAAAAUAAACAAAUAAGAUUUCCUCAGAGAAACGUUAAGGAUUUUAGAAUUUUAAGGAGUAAGAGCAAAUAAAAAAAGAUUCAAUUUAAGAAUCAUAAUAAGUGUGUUAACAAAUGAUAUAAGGAUAGAAUGCAACAACAUAGAUUGUAAAGAGAUAAUCUUCAAUAUUUCAAAGAAAAUCAGUUGAUUAACAAUGUUAAUUAAUAUAAUUUUAGGAGAUAACAAAGGAUUAGUUAAAAUAAAAUGUAAUAAAUAGACCAUCAUUAUCAAUGAGAACAAUAAAGGAUGGAAUAAAUCAUAAAUAUAAGGUAAUAAAGUGUUAUUUAUGUGAGUGAAGCGUGAAAAUGAUAAUAGACAAAAAAGACAUAUAUAGAGUGAAAUAAUUAAGUAAAGAUAAUUUGAUGAAGAGGUUUAUUAAAAAUUAGAGAAAGUGCAAAGAAGAAGAGUAAUAUAUUAAAAUUCUGAAUUUUUGGCUCCUGAAACUCCAGAAAUUUAUAGUGAUUGAUAGUUGGGG